AUGCAAGUUUUGCGUCUCUCCCUCCUCCUCGUCGCCGCCGCCGCGCUGAGCUGCAGCUAUGCCCUGUCCGAGGGCCAGAGCGAGCCGCUGCUCCGGCGGCUCAAGGUGCUCCACCACCGCGAGGCGCUUGUGUCGCGCGGCAAGAACGGCUGGAGCUCGGUGCAGUACCCCAAGGGCGCCGUCGAGGCCGACAUUCCCGUGCGCGGCGGCAGCCUGCGCCUGUUUGCCAUGAGCAAAAAGGGCCUCGACCACAGCAAAAUCAAGCGCGCCGUCUUUGUCAUCCACGGCCAGGGCCGCGACCCGUGGAACUACUACAGCCACAUGACGGCUGCCCUCAACGACGCCGUGGCCGACGGUCUCGUCAAGAAGGAAGAGGUUGGCAUCUGGGCCCCCAGCUUCUGGGACACGGCCGACACGGGUGCCUUCCCGUACGACGAGAACACCAAGACGGCCACGUCCAACAUCAUGGCUUGGCACGGCAGCGACUGGGUCGACGGUGCGGCCAACAAGAUUCCCAAGACGGACCAGGGCGUGUCCUCGUUUGAGGUCCUCGACGAUGUCGUCUCCUACUUUAGCAACAAGGCCCUCUUUCCCAAGGUGGAGACCGUCGUCCUCGCCGCCCACUCGGCUGGCUCCCAGAUGCUGCACCGCUACGCACAGCUGGGCAAGGUCCCCAUCGCGUCGGGCGGCACCGAGGUGCACUUCUACAUUGCCAACCCGGCCUCGUGGCUUUACCUCGACGAGCGCCGGCCCGAGAAGGGCAUCGGCGGCGCCACGUCGCGCAGCAAGUGCCCCACGUACAACGAAUACAAGUACGGUCUCAACGACAUUAACGAGAACCUGCCCUACGGCCCCGUCUCCGACGCUGCGUCCAUCUACAAGCGCUACAAGUCGCGCUACGUCCACUACCAGCUCGGCACCGGCGACCACGCCCAGGGCAGCGCCGCCUGCGAGGCUGGCGUCCAGGGCGAGAGCCACCUGACGCGCGGCGAGAUCUACCAGGCCUACCUCCAGCUCCUCGGCUCCUACCCGAAACGCCACACCAUCGACUACGUUCCGGGCAUCGGCCACGACGACAAGGCCAUGUUCUCUUCCACCGAAGGCAAGUACCGGCUGUUUGUGCAGAACCAGUCGCAGGGCAAGACGCGCGCCUCGACGAUCCCCAAGGGCUACUCCAACGGCCGCACCGUCACCUUCACCGGCUUCUCCAAGAAGGCCGCCGACAACAUGCCCUGA